AUGACCAGCGCCCCGUCGCUUCCGCCGUCCGAGUCCGGAAGCCGAAGGUCGCGGAGCCCCGUAAAGGGGAUGGCAAGCAUGAGCUGGGCCCAGCGGCCAGUCAAGAUUGUCCCUCUGAAACGUGGCCAGGUGCCGGGCGACAUCCAGGCGCUGUGCGAGGAAGUACAUAAGAUAGCGAUGGGCGUUGCUGUGGUCCCGGCAUCUGUACGCGACCAUGUGGAUUCUUCUAUGUCGGCACUGCGACCAUUUGGGAUACCUCUCGAAGACAGGAACCUUGAUGCGUCUUGCCAACGCGAUGACUUCAAUCUCAUGGGAGAGCUGCGAGAUCUCGUGCGCGUGGUCAAAAACACAGAACGAGCAAUCGUGCAGAAUUUGGCCGAGGCACACUGGAACGACAGUGUCCACUCACAGCUUCUCACCAUCGCCAUCGAGGGGGACAGGGAGGAGGAUCAGAUGGACGAUGCCGAAGACGAAUGUGUCGUCAGCGUCUUCAACACCACGCAAGCGUUCAUCACGCCCGGAUGCAUACCGCAGCACAUCAGCGAAGGCGUCCAACUCGAGGCCAGGAUAGUGGACUACUGCAUGUGCAUCAAUGAUUCAGCAAUCGAGCGCGCCGCUCGCAACGCCAUCAAGUUCCACAAGCAAACCGUAGACGCCACGGCCAGCGGCAGCAGUGCCGCAUCAUCAUCAGCUGCGUCUGAUGCUAGCGACGUCUUCUCGUCACCGAGGAAAGGCACGAAAGCGAAGAAGUUGCCUCAGAUACCCCAGUCGGUCAACCAUACUGAUUACGCCGCAUUGGCCAUGUCGCCCAUCACCGUGAGCAUUGAGACUAAGAAGAACGAUGGCUCCGAGGAUGUGGCCAAGGCGCAGCUCUCCGUCUGGGCCUCGGCGCAAAUCCUGCGCCUGAGACAGCUGAUCGGCUCCAAUGAGCCGUUGGGAAUCACGCUGCCGUUGGUGUUUGUGCUGGGAUCAUCAUGGCAGCUUCUUUUCGCAGUAGAGAAGGAGGAUCGGAUCGAACUUAUUCAAUCGUUGUCGUUCCGAUUUGACGGUGCCUCGAAUACAAUACUUGGCUGUUACAAGAUUCUGGCGCUGCUUAGGGCGCUGAGGACAUGGAGCAAGACGGUGUUUCGGGAUUGGUUCCUGAACGCUCUUCCGGCUCUAUAG